GCGCCCAGUCCUGGGGACCGUUGCUUGACGCGCGAGGCCCAGCUCCACUUUUCGCCCAGCGCUGCCGCCUCCUGCCACCCCCAGCUCCCACCUCCUGCGCCCCAGCCCCGGCGGCCCGCGUCCCGGCCCGAAGCAGGAGUGCGCCCGCCCGCUCGGCCCGCCCCGCCCCGCACCAUGGCACGGUUCGGCUUGCCCGCCCUGCUCUGCAUCCUGGCCGCGCUCAGCGCUGUGCUGCUGGCCACCGAGCCCAAGUCGAAAAGUUGCUCGGAAGUGCUCCGUCUCUACGUGUCCAAAGGUUUCAACCAGAACGACGCCCCAGCCUACGAGAUCAAUGGUGAUCAUUUGAAGAUUUGUCCCCAGGGUUAUACCUGCUGCUCCCAGGAGAUGGAGGAGAAGUACAGCCUGCAAAGUAAAGAGGACUUCAAAAGUGUGGUCAGCGAACAGUGUAAUCAUUUGCAAGCCAUCUUUGCUUCCCGCUACAAGAAGUUUGAUGAAUUCUUCAAAGAACUAUUGGAAAAUGCAGAGAAAUCCCUGAAUGACAUGUUUGUGAAGACAUAUGGCCGCUUAUACAUGCAAAAUUCGGAGCUCUUUAAGGAUCUCUUUGUUGAGUUGAAGCGCUACUACGUGGUGGGGAACGUGAACCUGGAAGAAAUGCUGAACGACUUCUGGGCUCGCCUUCUGGAGCGGAUGUUCCGCCUGGUGAACUCGCAGUACCACUUCUCCGACGAGUAUCUGGAAUGUGUGAGCAAGUACACGGAGCAGCUGAAGCCCUUCGGCGACGUCCCUCGGAAGCUCAAGCUGCAGGUCACCCGGGCCUUUGUUGCCGCCCGGACUUUCGCGCAAGGCCUGGCUGUUGCCAGAGAUGUUGUGAGCAAAGUCUCAAUGGUCAACCCCACAGCCCAGUGUACCCAGGCUCUGCUGAAGAUGCUCUACUGCUCCCACUGCCGGGGGCUGGUGACUGUGAAGCCGUGCUACAACUACUGCUCCAACAUCAUGAGGGGCUGUCUGGCCACCCAGGGCGAUCUCGAUAUUGAGUGGAACAACUUCAUAGAUGCGAUGCUGAUGGUGGCUGAGAGGUUAGAGGGUCCUUUCAACAUCGAAUCCGUCAUGGAUCCCAUUGAUGUGAAGAUUUCAGAUGCCAUCAUGAACAUGCAGGAGAACAGUGUGCAGGUGUCUCAGAAGGUUUUCCAGGGCUGUGGGCCCCCUAAACCCCUCCCCGCAGGCCGGAUUUCCCGGUCCAUCUCAGAAAGUUCCUUCAGCGCUCGUUUCCGACCUUACCACCCCGAGGAACGCCCAACCACAGCGGCUGGCACAAGCUUGGACAGACUGGUGACCGAUGUCAAGGAGAAACUAAAACAGGCCAAGAAGUUCUGGUCCGCUCUUCCCAGCAAUGUCUGCAACGACGAGAGGAUGGCGGCGGGCAACGGCAAUGAGGAUGACUGCUGGAACGGGAAAGGCAAAAGCAGGUACCUGUUUGCAGUCACGGGCAAUGGAUUAGCCAACCAGGGCAAUAAUCCGGAGGUCCAGGUGGACACCAGCAAACCAGACAUACUGAUCCUCCGGCAAAUCAUGGCUCUGCGCGUAAUGACCAGCAAAAUGAAGAACGCCUACAAUGGGAACGAUGUGGACUUCAUUGACAUCAGUGACGACAGUAGCGGGGAAGGAAGUGGCAGUGGCUGCGAGUACCAGCAUUGCCAGUCCGAGUUCGAGUACAAUGUAACUGACCAUGCCGGAAAGAGCGCCAAUGAGAAGACAGCAGUGGCUGAUGCUGGGGCUCGUCCGAGGGCCCAGCCGUACCUCCUCCCUGCCUUCUGCCUCCUGGUCCUGCUGCUGCCCAGAGAGUGGAGAUAAUUCCUAGCUGGGGAGGAGGCAAUGUGGUCAUUGUCAGAAAGAGUUGAUAGGCACCGGUUAUCACUUUUCUACCAUCCUCCUGACUUGGCUUUUUAAAUGAAUGGACAACGAUGUACAGUUUAUACUAUGUGGCCACUGGUUUAAAAAAAUGCUGAUUUUCUUUUUCAUUCUGUUCUGGGGAUGUCCAGGGGACUUGGCAGUGGGUCCCUGCUCUCCCAGAAUCAUGCUCAACGUGGCUAACAGCGUAGGUACAGAACUGUAGUUAGUUGUGCAUUUGUGAUUUUAUCACGCGAUAGUUUGUUUAUUGUUGGGUUUUUGUGUGGGUUUCUUUUUUGUUUUGUUUUUUUGUUUCUUUUUUUUUGUUUUUUGUUUUUUAAUUAUGAACUCACCUUGUUUCUUACAAGAAAACCAGGGUCCCUUUCUUGGCAUGUAACAUGUACGUAUUUCUGAACUAUUAAAUAGCUGUACAGAAGCAGGUUUUAUUUAUCACGUUAUCUUUAUUAAAAGGAAAAACCCAACAAGCAGUAAAAUUUCCAUUUAUCCCUGUUAUUUUAGUUGCCUUAUCUGGAGAGAAGUGGGGUGAUUAGAAAAAAAAAUUUUUUUUUAUUGUUAGGACAGAAUGUGAAGGCAAAUGUGACUUCCGAGUCACUCGCCAGAUUGGCUUCAAGCGUGAAUACUAGACAGAAGUUAUGCUUUGUUUCGAGCCAGUUAUGGGUAGAGACUGCAGACUACCCAUUUGGUUGAGUUGAAUUACAUAAGCUAACAUCCCAGACAUGUCCAUUUCUUCAACUCGCCUAUCCUUAAGUGUAGCCCAUUGAUGAAGAUCCCUGAUACUUGUGCUCUCCAAAGAUCUUAGGCAUUCAGGACGUCCCAGUUAUUCACACGGUCACACUUAGUUUGGGGCUGGUUUUUGCUUUCUUCCCUUUUAACCAGGCAAGCCCCACUCAUCCUCUUGGCAUUUGCUAUCCCUGUAGCAUGAGUGACCAACAGUCCCCUUAAUGACUGUGGUCCCAAUUUCAAACCCAGCCACAGACAGGGGCUAGCCAGAAUUGGACUACAGUCGGGGCUUAGGGAGCUGCCAAUCAACACUCACGAGCAAUGUGUAGGUCUCCCUACAUUUGCUUUGGGAUUCCACUUGUUGUUAAGAAUUUCCCAAGUGUCGUUAAGAAAUUCUCAAGUGUCUUAGGUCAGUCUUUACGUUAUCCUGCCCUGGCGCCCUCCCACUCUACCCGCCAAUCAGAAAGGCUCUGCAGUCUUGCUACCUUAUUAGCCAAGGAGCCCAUGUUGGAGAGAACUGGGUGCCCCGAUUUUUGCACAUGUUCUUGUUGCUGUUCUGUUUUGUUAUGUUUUUUUGGGGGGGGGGCAGAUGGGAAUAGGUAGAACUGAGAAGACCACAUCUUAGCGUUGACCCUUAGCCACACGGGUAAACUGGCAAAAAGGCCUUAUCUGUUGUCCUUGGCCCUUUAGGGACCCUUUCCAUAUGUCCUUACCAAAUAAUAACUCAUAAAGCUAUGGGGCUGUAAUAGGUCACAUUAAAAGGAGUUACCAAAAGUCCUCAAAAAAAAAAAAAAAGACAAACCUUUUCUGUGAGUCUCUUCCUGCCUUAGACAGCCAUCACAAUCACAAUCAAUUCUAUCGAAAGGUGGAGGUGGGGUGGGGGGACAAACACAAAAAUUCAUGGAAGAGUUUCUUGUGCUGUUCUUUUCUUUAAAUUUUUUUUUCCAUUUUGGUUCUGUUCAUUGUUCAACCUUCAGUUGUGAGAGUAAUCCUCUAUUUUUAUAUCGAAACAUAAUUACUUGAUAGCUCAGGGUCUACAUUUCAUUCACCUUUUUACACCAAAUUCUGCAGAAUGGUCAAAAUGGAAUAUUGGGGGCUAUUGUAAACAGAGGCUUAAUUUUAUUAGAAGUAGCCAGUUAUUUAUUAAAGCAUGAUGUUAAUAAAAUAGGCAUAUUCUGGCUGGUGUGUAUGAGUGGUUUUUGUUUUUGCUUUAUUUGUAAACAAAUGACAGAAAACAAAAUUACAAAGGCCCACAACCUAUUAGAUACAAGGAAGAAAUGAAUCGCACAUCGCGCUAAGCCGCCUUGUAAGGAGCCCUGGUGCCGGAGUGAUGACGAGCCCGGCCUGCCACCCUCCCGGUCAGCAGUUGGAACCCACCAGCCUCUCGGAGGGAGGGAGGGAGGGAGGGCUUUCUACUCCCAUAAAGAGUUGCAGUCUCAGAAACGCACAGGGGCAGUUCUGCCCUGUCCGAUAGGCUCGCAAGGAGUCCGCAUCGACUCGAAGGCACUGAGUUUGGUUUGGUUAGAAGCUGCCUUGAGAGCACUUGGAAAAUGUGCUGAUAUUUAGUAACUACCUCAGUUGUGAGGAAUUUCCUUUCUAGCUUAGAGGGCUAUUACUUUUACUUGGUAGGAAUGAAUCUGUGGCUCAAAGAGCUAUCCCCAUAGACCUUGUUAGAUUGUUUUUAAUUUAGAAUCUUGAACUCUGCCCAGCUGUUUUCUUUCAGUCAAGUUUUCUAAACCAAUAACAUUUUCCGAAUUAAAUAUUGUUGAAAGUUUUGCUGGA